AGUGGGGCAGAGGGGAGAGAGAGAUGAAGACGAGGUGAAAGAAUGACUGUUGACAGAAGGCGAGACUGAGGGGCGACUCAGAGAGACUUCUGUUUCGUAAGCGGGAUCGGUGAGUGUCAGAUGUCAGAUUUGUAGAGCAGGACAGGAUAGUGAGUGUUCAGUUAGUUAUCAGGUUGUCUGUAAUAGAGUAACUUUGUCAGCCAGUUCUCUGAGGUCUGUAGUUAUCAACAGUGGUCAGAACAUGAACCAGUGCCGGUCCGAACAGAAUCAUGUCAUGGAGCGUCGGGUGAGGAGUCAUGACAACCUGCUCAUCAACGCUGACCUCGGAGAUGACAGCAGUUAUGGUUGUCAUAGUUACAACCCCUGUCACAGCAGCACAGAACGACAGCUUCUGGCACGUCAGGCGGUAGCUAAGCGACGUCAGGCGCUACGAUGCCCUUCCUACAUGUUCUCGACUCCACCUAUCAGCCUGACAGAUGCAGAGCAACGCUUUCUGGAGGCGGCCGAAUACGGCAACAUCCCUGAGGUACGCCGAAUGCUCCUUCAAAUGCCCAAUCUGAAUGUGAAUGCAGUGGACUACAUGGGCCAGAAUGCAUUGCAGCUGGCUGUAGCCAAUGAGCAUCUAGAGGUGACAGAGCUGCUGCUGGGGAGGGCGGAGCUAGCCAGAGUCGGAGACGCCCUGCUAUUGGCCAUCAGUAAAGGUUAUGUGCGCAUAACGGAGGCUUUGCUGGGCCACCGGUCAUUCAGUGAUGCUCGACGCCUGACAGCUAGCCCCGCCCAGGUGGACAUGUUGGACGAUUUCUACGCUUAUGAUGAGGACGGAACAAGGUUCUCCCAUGACGUGACUCCUGUGAUCCUGGCGGCCCACUGUCACGAGUAUGAGAUUGUUCAUACCCUAUUGGGCAAAGGAGCCCGCAUAGACCCGCCCCAUGAUUACUUCUGCUGCUGUGAUUCGUGCAACUAUCAACAACAGUACGACUCCUUCAGCCACUCACGGAGCAGGAUCAACGCCUACAGAGGUCUGGCUAGUCCCGCCUACCUCUCUUUGUCCAAUGAGGAUCCAGUAUUGGCAGCCUUGGAGCUCAGUAACGAGCUGGCUGUUCUGGCCAACAUCGAGAAGGAGUUUAAGAAUGACUAUCGGCGCCUGUCCUGUCAGUGUAAGGACUAUGUGGUGGGGCUGCUGGACCUGUGUCGCAGCACAGAGGAGGUGGAGGCCAUACUGAGUGGAGAUACAGACUCAGAGGACCAAUUCCAUCCACCUGGACGCCCCUCCCUUACACGCCUCAAACUGGCCAUCAAAUACGAGCUGAAAAAGUUUGUAGCCCAUCCUAACUGCCAGCAACAACUGUUGUCGAUCUGGUAUGAGAGUAUCCCAGGUCUGAGACAACAAACUACUGCUGUUAAACUGCUGGUGGUGUUGGGGGUGGCUGUUGGACUGCCUGGCCUCUCCCUGGCUUACCUAGUGGCUCCAUGCAGCAGGGUGGGGAGGGUGAUGCGGAGUCCCUUUAUGAAGUUUGUGGCCCACGCCUCUUCGUUUUCCAUCUUCCUGUGUCUUCUGAUCCUGAAUGCUGCUGACCGCUUUGCCGGGACCACGCUGCUGCCCAACAUGACCACACAUCUACACACACAUCUGGACCUGGACCACACCAACCAUCACGAGCGUGACCCCACCCUGCUCUAUCGGAUGACCACCACCUCCUUCACCUGGAUGGAGAUGCUCAUCAUGUCCUGGGUCAUAGGAAUGAUCUGGGCGGAGGUGAAGGAGAUUUGGUCUCAGGGAGCUGGAGAAUACCUCUUAGAACCCUGGAACUUUCUGGACUAUGGAAUGUUGGCCAUAUUCCUGGCAUCCUUUAGUUCCCGCCUCUCUGCCUAUAACCACGCCCACUCAGCCCAGCAAUACAUCAACACACACUACACACAAAUCGUAACCCUGGACAACAUCACCCUGCCUCCACACAUACACUACUACACACUGGCUCGUCUCUAUUGGUUGCCCUCUGACCCCCAGCUGGUCUCUGAGGGGCUGUAUGCCAUCGCUGUGGUGCUCAGUUUCAGCCGCAUCGCCUACAUCCUGCCAGCCAAUGAGAGCUUUGGACCCCUGCAGAUAUCACUAGGACGCACUGUUAAAGACAUCUUUAAGUUCAUGGUGAUCUUCAUCCUGGUGUUCCUGGCCUUCAUGAUUGGAAUGUUCAAUCUUUACUCUUAUUACCUGGGGGCCAAGCAGAACGACGCCUUCACAACUUUGGAGGAGAGUUUUAAGACUCUGUUCUGGGCGAUAUUUGGCCUGUCCGAGGUGAAGUCGGUUGUCAUCAACAACGACCACAAGUUCAUUGAGAACAUUGGCUACGUUCUGUAUGGAGUUUACAACGUUACCAUGGUGAUCGUCCUACUUAACAUGCUCAUCGCCAUGAUCAACAGCUCCUUCCAGGAGAUAGAGGAUGAUGCUGAUGUGGAGUGGAAGUUUGCUCGAGCCAGGCUGUGGUUCUCCUACUUUGAGGAAGGCAGAACCCUGCCAGUGCCCUUUAACCUGGUUCCCAGUCCGAAGGCCCUGCUGGGUCUGGCCUGCACUGUAAAACAGCUACUCCUGACCUCGCACACCAAGACCCCUGAUGGAGCACAGCUCAACCAGCUGGGGGAGGGUAAAUCCUCAGGAUACAGCAGUUGUCCUGGACCCACUAGAUACCAGAAGAUCAUGAAGCGUCUGAUAAAACGUUACAUCAUCAAUGCUCAGGCGGACAAAGAAAAUGAUGAAAUCAACGAAGGAGAGCUGAAGGAGAUUAAACAAGAUAUCUCCAGUCUGCGUUAUGAGCUGCUGGAGGACAAGGCAAACAACAUGGAGGAGCUACAAGAGCUAGUCCAGAGACUAAAAGACAGAGAGAACACACACUAACACAGACUCUCAAACACACUAACACAGACUCUCUCUCAAACAC